GCGAAUCGACCUUUGUUUUGUUUCCCUUGAUAUUUCUGCGAUCACUCAUUUCUCUUUCUCUCUCUCAAGAAAAACUUGUGCUAAGACCAGCUACAUUAAAAUGAAGUUGUCUUGGAUAUUCAUUGUUGCUCUUGUUUCUCACGUUGCUUUGAGGUGUACGUCAGCACAGUCGCCCAGUCAAAGAGAAGAUGCCAUGGGAAAGUAUUUUGUAAUGAGCAGGUAUCAGUGUGAGCUACUUUGCUGGUACCGGAAGCUGUGCAAGACCUACUCUUACAUGUACGACAGCGUGCAAGCCCUUGAUGGUAAUUGUGUUCUACAUGCUGCGAAUAUCACCAGAAAUACAACCAACAUGGUGCCCACAGGUUGGAUUGAACGAGAAGCGACAUCCAACCCAACAACCCAAAGUACUACUUGUCGUAGUCGCCCUUGCGAAGACACGGAGAUGUGUUUUCCCACCUACACGUCACCUUUCUACACCUGCCAUCCGGUUGUUGCAGAAUGCCAAGCGCCCCCUCGAGAUGACGGUGUCUACAGUGAUGUGACACUACUCCAGGGUCAAAGGACAAACUUCACGUGCAACCCGUCUCUGGUAUGGGCUCCACGUCACGCCAACAAGACGGUCACGUGUCAAGUCAACGGCAAGUACAGCGAGCUGAAAGGGACGUGUAAAAACGCCACCUACUACUCACCGAGCGUGCCAUUCAACAAGCCACUACCGGAUGUUGUCGCAAACGAAUGGGAGGCCUGCUUCAAGGGUAUUUUUACAGGCAGCGAAAGAAUGACCUUCAACUUUCACGACAGCCAGGAUGAUUCGUUCUAGUGAUUCCAGUCCUGCUGGUCGUGGCAACAUUUACCUUUGUCUUGAUUUCCGUUUCAACUUUGUUGUACAAAAACAAG